UUACAAGGAAGAACCAGAUUCAAACUUCCAAAGAGAGAGAAAGGAAAAAGAAACAUAAACAAUGAAAAUGAAAAGUAAUGAAGCAGAAAAGCAUUUGGUAUAGGAAAGGAGGAGGUGGGUGGGUGCGUUGGGGGGGGAGAGAACUGAUUGUUUCUCUCCUACCACUUUUGCUUAGUAACAGCUUUAUUAAGGAGCUGGAAGGAUGGAAGAUAGCAUGAGGUGUAGCUUUAGAAAGGCUUGAGACCCAUCAUAUCAAAUUCAAGAAUUCGAAUCUGCGGAAGAUUUUGAAGCGAUUGAGGGUCAAGCAAGCGCAAGAAACUACUAAUUAGUUAAUACUACGAGAAUGGGACGAAAGAAAGCAAGUUGGUUCUCCGCAAUCAAGAGGGUAUUUGUAUCCAACACUAAAGAAAAGUUGCUGCAUGAUGGAUCAUCAUCGGAGAAUAAGUCGAAAAGUGGGAGCAAGGACAAGAAGAAAUGGGGAUUUGGGGUUCUUAGGCAUGGAGAUAGCAAUUCAUUCAUUAAUCCACUCCACAGAGAGCCAAGUAGCAUCGAAAAAAUACUCAGAGAUGCCGAAAGAGAGUUACAGAUCCCCAAAAAUUACUCCUCAGAGCAGCACCAACAUCUACCGAGGCCUGCGCCGGUGCAGACAAAUCUUGCAAUGCUGCCGCCGUCGUCGUCCGAGGAGCAACGUCGUCGUCGUCGUCCUCCUCCUCCUCCUCCUCCUCCUAGGACGCCAUCACCUGUUCCAAUGGCCCCUGGGGUCCACCAUAAAGAAGCUAUCCGCGGUAGCCCAAUAAUCAGUUCAAACAAUCACCAAACUUCAGCUACCAAGAUUCAAGCAGCCUUUAGAGGGUAUAUGGCUCGGAGGAGCUUUAGGGCACUAAAAGGGCUAGUAAGGCUACAGGGAGUAAUGCGAGGGCAGAGUAUCAAAAGACAAACCAUGAACGCCAUGAAACAGAUGCAACUACUUGUGAGAGUGCAAUCACAAAUACAGUCUAGAAGGAUACAAAUGUUGGACCACCAGGCUAUGCAACGCCAUAAUCUACAUAAGAUUGACAAAGAGCUAGAAAGCAGCUUGGGCAAGUGGACCACCACCCUACCAUCUGACACCGAAGAAUGGGAUGAUAGCCUGCUUACAAAAGAGGAAGAAGAAGCGAGACUGCAGAGAAAGGUAGAUGCUGUAAUCAAGCGAGAGAGGGCUUUAGCUUAUGCAUAUUCGAACCAGCUGUGGAAGGCAACUCCAAAAUCCGCAAAGGCAGCCCUGGUGGAGAUCCGGUCUGGUGGGCUCCCAUGGUGGUGGAACUGGGUAGAAAGAGAACUUCCUGGAUAUCCUUCUGAAAUCCAUGCAGCGAUGCAUACAAGAGUUGAUCAUCUGAGUCAUGAUCUAACACCUCCCCGCCGCCGGCCCCAUCAUUCAGACUCCCCCAACCUCCAAGGACCUCCGUCCACCGAUUACAGUAAGCAACUACCAACAAGGCUUGGUGGUUUUGAUAAUCUCACUGAAACACUUACACCUAGAUCUUCAAAAUCAGCCAUCACAGCAAACCCGAAGUAUGCACCGUUAAUCCUAUCUAAUAGAGGAGCAACAACAACAACAACAACAAAUACUAGCUCAACAGCAGCAGUGAUGAAUCAUGUAAAACCAAGGAGGACUGGUGCUACUACUGAAUUGUCACUUGAUGAUGUGCCAUUGAGGGACGAUGCAAGCCUUACAAGCUGCCCACCAUUUUCAGUGCCAAAUUAUAUGGUGCCAACUGUUUCUGCAAAAGCAAAGGUGAGGGCUAAUAACCCUAAGGAGAGGGAAACGAUGGUGAGUUCCAGUCAUGGCCGGAGAAGGCGUCUUUCAUUUCCUCUAACACAAAGCAUUGGGUCACUGAGGUGGAACAAGGUAUUCUCAACCAAAGAUUCUAGCUCUCACAGGAUGUUAGAGAAGAACCAAACUUUGCAGUCUAUAGGUAAUUUGAGUGUGGAUUCCACUGUUUCUUUGCCCGUUGGAGUUGGAAGGAAGCCUUUCAAACGAUUUGUGUGAUUAUGGUUUGUGCUUUUUUUUUUGGUCUGAUGGAGUGUGGAAAUGAUGCUUCUAUUGAUUUUUUUUUAUAUGGGAUUUGAUUUUUAGUUCUGUAGUAUAACAAUAAUAAAUAUUAUCAACCCUGGCCUUUAUAAAUGGAGUGAUUGAUAUCAUUGUUAA